AUGAAGCAGCGCAUAACGUAUUUACUGCGUGAACCAGACGAGCUUCGUACAGAGCACCUGGAAGUAACAGGCAAAUCACUGAUCAUCAAUAAUCUGAAGGCCGCUAAGGAACAUCGACUUACACUUAGCUUGUCCGAAUUGCCGAACGAGGUUUCAGAGGUGUUAAGACAAUGCCACGAACUGCACAUCCGCUGGGCCUCCCAGGAUCCUUAUACAUCCAUUCCUCCUUUCGUUUCUAGGGUGUCGCCGGGUCUUCACGCGUUCUUUACUCCUCGGAAUAAUAGCAAAGCAGAUUCCUUAUGUCCAUGGCUGAAGAAGAUCUUUCAUCCGGAGUUCAAAUGUGAAUCGCCAAGGGAAACCUUCAUAAGCUUACCCAUCCUCUCUGAACGCUUCUCUAUGUCCUCAGCCCUGCAGUACCACCAGCUUCUUCCCACCUUGUCCCGCCUCGUAUCCUAUAUCAAGUCCGAAUUCUGCUCCAGGCACGACUCGACCUGUCAGGAACAUGCUUCUCGCCUACUUUCAGCAAGCUACAUAGACAUGGACUACAACGCCAUUUCCCAUGCCCUGGUCAUCAACGCCUUGUGGAACGAAGCUCCUGACGGCAGUUCAUGGCACGACAGGAUCGAAAGGACACGAGACGAUGAGACCAUCGAAGUCGGCAUACUCAGCAACGAGACGCCCGAGGAGCCCGAGGAGUUAAAGCUCGGCGGCUUCCUAGUCGUUGUGGGCGACGACGAUACGCCAAAAGCAACCCGCUUCUCCUUCCCCUCACGGCACUACCCACUCCCUCUAUCUAUCUCAACCACUUACCGCACCACUUUCAAACGUCCAACCGGCCUCCAUCCAGUCAUGCAACUCACCUUGCCCCGCGCAUCUCUCCAGCCGCCGUCGAAGGCCCGCUGCUCACUGCACACAUACCUCACCCUCCCCUCCGCCCUCUUCAUCGACAAAUACGCCUUCUCCGAUGCCCUAACCCUGCGGUCUCUUAAUCUCGCGGCCUUGCGAACCGUCUACGGCGAGACGGACCUCGAGGCCCCGGACUGGGUGAUCCCGAAAUUCGGGUCCGCUGCGUUAUUCGAGCUCGCUACGCCAUCCUUAGCCUCUCAGUCCACCUCCUUGAGCACCACAAGAGGCACAGCCGUGAAAGACACCGACAUCUGGACCGUUGAGAUACCGCUGCACCUCCGCUACCUACCCCCGACCAGCGGCGGCUACACCCCCCUCGCCGUCCCCUGGCCCGUCGUGUUCUGGGCCUGUACGGCAGACGAGGGGACACGUAUGGUUGUGAACCCGUUCGAUAGGGUGAACUUGGGGUACGACGGCUUAUUUGGGGAUCGGACGAUGUUUUAUCACGUGCCGCCUUCGCCUGGGAACGGGACUUGGACAGGCAGGGAGGCGGAAGGGAGGCUAGUCGAGACGCUGCAGGUCCCGGUGUUGGAUCUGCGGCAGGCGUGGUAUGUGGAGUGGGGGACCGUGGUUGCGGUAGUGGUGGGGACGGCGUGGGUUUGUUGGAAACUGUGGCGGGGUGGGCGGAUGGGGGAAGGACCGAGGUUGCGAGAGGGGAGGGGAGGAAGAGGCAGUAGCGCGCACAAAUCCCUUGCUCUGCAUGGCUUUUAA